GGCCGCGGGCUCCGGGCGCGAUCGGCAACAAUGUUUACGUUCCGGGGAUUAUGACGUCGACGCCUCCCCCCCCACAACUGCUGAAAAUGGUUUCCUAGGACUUUGAAAACGGAUCUGCCUAAGUGUUGGUGCAAAACUUUGUAGAUCUCGGCUCUGGCUUGCUUUAUUUAUUUUUUUUUAGCUUGUUUUCUUUGGUCUUCCCUCCUUCCCCCUUCGGCCAAAAUGCAGGGGGUAGGAGUGUUGACAAUUAAUUGGUGAACUCUCCUAAAAAAAUGGAGGCAGAGAAAGACUCUGGAAGAAGAUUGCGCCCGAUUGACCGCCAGAGAUACGACGAGAACGAAGACUUGUCGGACGUGGAGGAGAUCGUCAGUGUCCGCGGCUUCAGCCUGGAGGAGAAGCUGCGCAGCCAGCUCUACCAGGGGGACUUCGUGCACGCCAUGGAGGGCAAAGAUUUCAACUAUGAGUACGUACAGAGAGAAGCCCUCAGGGUCCCCCUGGUAUUUCCAGAAAAGGAUGGACUGGGAAUUAAGAUGCCCGACCCUGAUUUCACAGUCCGGGAUGUCAAACUCCUAGUGGGGAGCCGGCGGCUGGUGGACGUGAUGGACGUGAACACCCAGAAAGGCACGGAGAUGAGCAUGUCCCAGUUUGUGCGCUACUACGAGACCCCCGAGGCCCAGCGCGACAAGCUCUACAACGUCAUCAGCCUCGAGUUCAGCCACACCAAGUUGGAGCAUUUGGUCAAGCGUCCUACCGUGGUGGACCUGGUGGACUGGGUGGACAACAUGUGGCCCCAGCACCUGAAGGAGAAGCAGACGGAAGCCACGAAUGCCAUCGCAGAGAUGAAGUACCCCAAAGUGAAGAAGUACUGUCUGAUGAGUGUCAAAGGAUGUUUCACUGAUUUCCACAUUGACUUUGGUGGCACUUCCGUCUGGUACCAUGUUUUCCGAGGUGGGAAGAUCUUCUGGCUGAUCCCCCCGACCCUGCACAACUUGGCCCUGUAUGAGGAGUGGGUGCUCUCGGGCAAGCAGAGCGACAUCUUCCUGGGAGACCGCGUGGAGCGAUGCCAGAGGAUUGAGCUGAAGCAGGGUUACACCUUCUUCAUCCCUUCCGGUUGGAUCCAUGCGGUCUACACGCCCGUAGACUCCCUGGUGUUUGGAGGGAACAUCCUGCACAGCUUUAACGUGCCCAUGCAGCUCCGGAUCUACGAAAUUGAAGACAGGACCCGGGUGCAGCCUAAGUUCCGUUACCCGUUCUACUAUGAGAUGUGCUGGUAUGUCUUGGAGAGAUACGUGUACUGCGUGACCCAGCGUUCCCACCUCACUCAGGAGUACCAGAGGGAAUCCAUGCUCAUUGAUGCCCCUUGGAAGCCCAGCAUAGACGGCUUCUCAUCUGACUCCUGGCUGGAGAUGGAGGAGGAGUCCUGCGAGCAGCAGCCCCAGGAGGAGAAGGAGGAAGAGGAGGGUGAGGCUGCGGAGAAGGCCCUGAGGCCGCCUGCUGAGCACCCUGCCUCCCCCACCAGCACCCCCUCUGAGGACCAGGAGACCCCCGGGAAGAAGCCCAAGGCCUCUGCCCUGCGGUUCCUCAAAAGGACUUUGUCUAAUGAGUCAGAGGAGAGUGUCAAGUCCACAGCCAUGCCCACGGAUUACCCCAAGACGCCCAGCGGCUCUCCGUCCACGGAGGUUCCUGCCAAGUGGACCCACCUCACCGAGUUCGAACUGAAGGGCCUGAAAGCUCUGGUGGAGAAGCUCGAGGCCCUCCCCGAGAACAAGAAGUGUGUUCCCGAGGGCAUCGAGGACCCCCAGGCACUCCUGGAGGGAGUGAAGAAUGUCCUGAAGGAGCAUGCGGACGACGACCCCAGUCUGGCCAUCACUGGGUUCCCUGUGGUCACUUGGCCAAAGAAGACUCCAAAGAACCGGGCAGUGGGUCGGCCCAAAGGCAAGCUGGGCCCGGCCUCGGCAGUGAAGUUGGCCGCCAACCGGACGACUGCAGGAGCCCGCCGGCGCCGGACGCGAUGCCGCAAGUGCGAGGCCUGCCUGCGGACCGAGUGUGGAGAGUGCCACUUCUGCAAGGACAUGAAGAAGUUCGGGGGCCCCGGGCGGAUGAAGCAGAGCUGCAUCAUGCGCCAGUGCAUCGCGCCAGUGCUGCCCCACACUGCCGUGUGCCUCGUGUGUGGCGAGGCAGGAAAGGAAGAUACGGUGGAGGAAGAAGAAGGCAAGUUUAACCUCAUGCUUAUGGAAUGCUCCAUUUGCAACGAGAUCAUCCACCCUGGAUGCCUUAAGAUCAAGGAGUCAGAGGGUGUGGUCAACGACGAGCUUCCCAACUGCUGGGAGUGUCCCAAGUGUAACCACGCCGGCAAGACUGGGAAACAAAAACGUGGCCCUGGCUUUAAGUACGCCUCCAACCUACCUGGCUCCCUGCUCAAGGAGCAGAAGAUGAACCGCGACAACAAGGAAGGGCAGGAGCCUGCCAAGCGGAGGAGUGAAUGUGAGGAGGCGCCCAGGCGCAGGUCGGACGAGCACCCCAAGAAGGCGCCCCCAGACGGCAUCCUGCGCCGAAAGUCAGAAGAUGUGCACCUGAGAAGGAAGCGGAAAUACGAGAAGCCUCAGGAGCUGAGUGGUCGAAAGCGAGCCUCGACGCUUCAGACGUCCCCGGGUUCCUCCUCUCACCUCUCGCCGAGGCCCCCUCUAGGCAGCAGCCUCAGCCCUUGGUGGAGAUCCAGCCUCACUUACUUCCAGCAGCAGCUCAAGCCUGGCAAAGAAGAUAAGCUUUUCAGGAAAAAGCGGAGGUCCUGGAAGAACACCGAGGACCGGAUGGCGCUGGUCAGCAAGCCCCUGCGGCGCUUCAAGCAGGAACCUGAGGAUGACCUGCCCGAGGCACCCCCCAAGAGCCGAGAGAGUGACCACUCGCGCUCCAGCUCGCCCACGGCCGGGCCCAGCACCGAGGGCGCCGAGGGCCCCGAGGAGAAGAAGAAGGUCAAGAUACGUCGGAAACGGCGUCUCCCCAACAAGGAACUGAGCAAGGAGCUGAGCAAGGAGCUGAACCAUGAGAUCCAGAAGACGGAGAGCAGCCUGGCCCAUGAGAACCACCAGCCCAUCAAGUCGGAGCCCGAGAGCGAGCAGGAGGAGCCCAAGCGGCCCCCAAGCCUCUGCGAGCGCCCCCACCGCUUCAGCAAGGGGCUCAACGGCACCCCCCGUGAGCUGCGGCACCCGCCGGGCUCCGGCCUGCGCAGCCCACCCCGCGUCAUCUCCCGGCCCCCGCCCUCCGUGUCCCCGCCCAAGUGUGUCCAGAUGGAGCGCCACGUGAUCCGGCCGCCCCCCAUCAGCCCCCCGCCCGACUCUCUGCCCCUGGACGACGGGGCGGCUCACGUCAUGCACAGGGAGGUGUGGAUGGCCGUCUUCAGCUACCUCAGCCACCAGGACCUGUGUAUUUGCAUGCGGGUCUGCAGGACCUGGAACCGCUGGUGCUGCGAUAAGCGGUUGUGGACCCGCAUUGACCUGAACCACUGCAAGUCCAUCACGCCACUCAUGUUGAGUGGCAUCAUCCGGCGGCAGCCCGUCUCCCUCGACCUCAGCUGGACCAACAUCUCCAAGAAGCAGCUAAGCUGGCUCAUCAACCGGUUGCCUGGUCUCCGAGACUUGGUGCUGUCGGGCUGCUCAUGGAUUGCAGUCUCAGCCCUCUGUAGUUCCAGUUGUCCACUGCUCCGGACCCUGGAUGUCCAGUGGGUAGAAGGACUGAAGGACGCCCAAAUGCGUGAUCUCCUGUCCCCACCCACGGAUAACAGGCCAGGUCAAAUGGACAAUCGGAGCAAGCUCCGGAACAUCGUGGAGCUGCGCCUGGCGGGCCUGGACAUCACGGACGCCUCUUUGCGGCUCAUCAUCCGCCACAUGCCCCUGCUCUCCAAGCUACACCUCAGCUACUGUAACCACGUCACCGACCAGUCCAUCAACCUGCUGACUGCUGUCGGCACCACCACCCGAGACUCCUUAACCGAGAUCAACCUGUCAGACUGCAAUAAGGUCACUGACCAGUGCCUGUCCUUCUUCAAGCGCUGUGGGAACAUCUGCCACAUUGACCUGAGGUACUGCAAGCAAGUCACCAAGGAGGGCUGUGAGCAGUUCAUAGCCGAGAUGUCUGUGAGUGUCCAGUUUGGGCAAGUGGAAGAAAAGCUCCUCCAGAAACUGAGUUAGUCCGAGGACAAGUAUGUAAAUACGGGGUGGGAGGGGGAUGGGGUGCAGUGGGGGAGGGGAGAGGCUUUACACCCGUGAGGGCUUUUAUUUUCCAUUUGGGACUUGGAACCACUGAUUGAUCCCGUUUGCAAGUCUUGCCAAGGGAGGAGCCGUCGCUGGCCUGAGGGGGUGAGUGGACAGACACUGCUCCAGGCUCUCAGGCGGAGCCCAAGGACAUGGGGGCAACUCUGGUGAGCCUGAGCGCAGCACCCCGAGGUCCCCGGGGGCAGCCUCCACUGGACCACAGCCGCGUCUCGACACAUUUUGUUUUGAUUUUCUUACAUCGGACAUUAUGCAGAACUAUUUUUGUACAAAUUGUUUAAAAGUUAUUUAUGCAAGGUUUGAAUGCACAACAGUGUUUUUAUUGUUUGGAGAUGAGCAGUUUUCCCAGUGUCCUUAAGGUAGAGCUUGACCUGUACUUUAUCAACACAACCACCCGCCCGCCAACGUGCCCAGAUCUGACAGUGGGCCGAGACCUUCCAGGUCAAAGCAUGUGGAGCUGGAAGCGGAGAGCCUCCUUCGUACGUUGUCACCUGAGCAUGUUGUGGAUUCAUGUCAGUUAUA